AUGGCUCAACAGCAGUGGAUCGUCACCCAGGACAAGACUUUCAGAAAAUGGCUCAACUCCAAACUUGCAAUUCGGAACAUUCCUCCCGCAAACUCUUUGGAGAAAGAUCUUGCCACAGGGGUACUACUCAUCCACCUCCUAGAAAUUCUCGGCAAUGAAUCACUGGGGAAAUAUGCUUCGAACCCUAGACUACGAGUGCAAAUGUGCGAGAAUGUCCACAAGGCGCUCGAAUAUAUCCGUGGCCGCGGGAUUCAACUCUUGAACAUCGGUGCCGAGGAUAUUGUAGAUGGGAAUCUCAAGCUUAUCCUGGGUCUGCUAUGGAUGUUGAUUCUGCGAUUCACGAUCAACAUCAACGAGGAAGGUUUAACAGCUAAGGAAGGUUUACUACUCUGGUGCCAGCGUAAGACGGCAUGCUAUGAGGAGGUUGAUAUCCGCGACUUCUCGAGUUCAUGGAAUAAUGGUCUCGCUUUCUGUGCCCUCUUGGAUAUCCAUAGACCGGAUUUGAUCGACUACGAUGCUUUGGACAAAUCUGACCACAGGGGUAACACUGCUCUCGCUUUCCGCAUCGCAACCGAGGAAAUCGGCAUCCCCGCCCUUCUCGAUGUUGAGGAUGUCUGCGAUGUCGCUAGGCCGGAUGAAAAAUCCUUGAUGACCUACAUCGCUUACUGGUUUCAUGCAUUCUCACAACUUGAUAGAAUCGAAACUGCUGGGCGUAGAGUUGAGAAAUUCGUAGAGGUUAUGCAAGGGGCAUGGAGUAUGCAACAUAAUUUCGAAAAACGGAUGACCGAGCUGCUUAAGCAGAUUAACGAGGUUCGCAAUACGUGGACCACCGCAAAAUUCUCGGGAACAUAUGCGGACGCAAAGAGCCAAUAUGCCAAUUUUGGUGCCUAUAAACGGACGCUGAAGCGCGCGUGGGUGGCGGAGAAGGCGGACUUGGUAAGCUUAUUGGGUAAUAUUAAGACCAAGUUGAGUACCUAUCGAUUAAAAGACUACGAUCCACCUGCCGGGUUGAGUUUGGCGAAUCUGGACAGAGAAUGGAAAAUCCUGCUUCAGUUUGAGGGCAAGAGGAGUAUGCAGAUAAACGAGAAAAUCAGGGAUAUCAAAGAGGGACUGCGUCGAGAAUUCGCCAACGCUGCAAAUGAGUUUGCAUUAUGCUUAAAUACCGUAUCGCUUCAAAUCAGCGAACUGGACGGAGAACCCGAGUACCAACUCCGAAUAGUUCGCACACUCCACAACAACAUUAUUCCCCUCGAACUUGAGCUCGACCGCAUUGAGAAAUUAACAGAGGACUGCGAAGAGGCCAAUAUUGAAGAAAAUGAUUACACUGUGUACUCAUAUGACGAGCUUGAAUACGAAUACGGGCUUGCAAAGGAAAGUGUUGCCAAGAAGCUGUCUUUCUUAGAUAACCAGAUUGUCGCCCGGAACAUGACAAACCUUACGCCUAUUCAACUGGAAGAGUUUGAAUCUGUAUUCCGCCACUUCGACCGUGAUCUCUCUAACUCUCUCCACGAGCUUGAGUUCUCUGCUGCCCUCGCAUCACUCGGUUUAGUCUAUGAUGAGGAGGAAAUGCAUAGCGUCUUCAAUACCGUAAGCUGCGGCGGCCGGUCAGUGACGUUUGAGCAGUUUAUCCGCUUCAUGGUCGAAGUAACGGAGGACCAGAACUCAGCGGAGCAGGUAUGGCAGAGUUUCCGAGAAGUUGCCGAUGGCAAGCCUUAUGUAACCGAGGUGGACCUACGCCACUCUUUGAUACCGGAUGGAAUGAUUGAGCAGCUCGUGAAAACGAUGCCAAAGGUCCGUGUCAAGGUCGAGGACGGUGAUGAAGAGAGGGAAGAGGAGGGAUUCGAUUACGAAAAAUAUAUGGAAGUUUUGACAGGGAAAGGACCAGGGACAAAUGGCGCUGGUCAUCGUUAG